GGCUCCGCCAUGGGGCGCGGGGCGGCGGCGGCCUCGGCCUGGCGGGCGCGGGUGAGGUUCGCGCCCAGCCCCACAGCACGAAGGAUGCUUUGUCCUGAGAUUGGAGGACACUGACCAGAGCCGGGUUGUGCCUGGAGCUGCUUCCGGAAUCGAGGACAUGCUGGAAUGGGCAGGUAAUCCCUACAGGGACAAAAUGACAUGGUGAGGUGGCGUGGGGAGCCUCCAAAUGAUUCGCUCAGCUGUUUCUUGGGAGGAGAAAAGGAGACAGUUCCUACCUAUAGCCAGCUCCUGUGCCUCCCUGUCUUUCUUUGCAGCAUUCUCAGGUUGUUAACCUCUUUGACUUUGCUAGAGCUUCUAUUGCAGAAGAGCAGAAGGAUCCAGCCGUCUGCCUGCCUUACUGGGCUGCUCUUAGGAAUUGGGGAGGAAGCCCCUUCUCCCUCGGCUCUCGUUCCCAGUGCCCCUGCUCAACGACAGGUGCUGGGACGGGGCACACAACAGGGACUCUCCUGAGUACAGCAAACAAGCCUGCUGGGGUAGCAGCGGCAGGAGAGCAGAGAGCACAGCGCCGGCCACGUGGGCCAUCUUGCCCUGUCGUGCUGCUGCCUGCCCAGAAGAGCUCAGGCGGAGGCCUGACUGCCUCUCGGAGCACCCUUGAAUUCCUGUACGGUUGCCCGCACGGGUGCAGAAGGCCUUGGGUCUCCUACACGGACUGGAUCCUUGAGGGCGUACAAGAAUUCUUACCACAGCUGGAGUGGAGCCGGAUUUCCUUAUUUGACACGGGGAGGGAGCAUCCACUGAGUUUGCUCAGCGACUUGCUCUGGAGCCAGGUUUUGGAGGGAACGUGCUCUGUGGUGAUUGUAACGAAAGGGGCUCCCAUUAGGGAGAUGAGCGGGUGGGAAGAGGGAAGGCCUGUUUGUGUCAGUGAACUGGAGGCCUCUUCUUUUUAAUGCUUGCUUAUGACUCCCUUCUUGCAGGCAUCCCUCCUGACGAGAGCCCUCGACGGGGUGGGCCUGUGGGUCCCUACCAGCAGUCUCAGAGGCUUGAUCUGUACAGAAAAGCCACCGAGCAGCUCCUCAAGAAGGGAGCUGCUUAUCGCUGCUUUUGCACCCCGCAGCGCCUAGAAUUGCUGAAGAAGGAAGCACUGCGGAGCCUGCAAACACCCCGGUAUGACAACAGGUGUCGUCACCUGAGCACCAGGCAGGUGGCUGAGAAGGUAUCUCAGGGGGCUGACCAUGUGGUGCGGUUUCGCUUGGAGGAGGGGUCGGAACCCUUCUGUGAUCUGAUCCAUGGCUGGAGCAAGCAUGAAGUGGCCAGCGUGGAAGGCGAUCCAGUGAUCCUGAAGAGCGACGGCUUCCCCACUUACCACCUGGCAAGCGUGGUGGACGACCAUCUCAUGGGAAUCACCCACGUUCUGCGUGGAGGCGAGUGGCUGGUCUCCACUGCCAAGCAUCUCCUCCUCUACCGGGCCCUGGGCUGGGACCCGCCCCACUUCGGCCACCUCCCCCUGCUCCUGAACGCAGAUGGCAGCAAGCUCUCCAAGCGGCAGGGGCAUGUUUUCGUAGAGCAGUUGGCUCACGAUGGCUAUUUGCCGGCAGCUCUGCUGGAUGCCAUCACCCACUGCGGCUCUGGGUUUACAGAGAAUCGGAUGGGAAGGACGCUGGAAGAGCUGAUUGCCAAGUUCGACAUGGGCAGGAUCGAGAAGCACUCAGCCCUCCUGGAUCUGGAGAAGCUGAGUGAGUUCAACAGAAUCCACCUGGACCAGCAGAUUGGGGACCAGAGGCGACGGCAAGAUCUGGUGGCAGAGGUGCAGUCUUCAGUGGAGCAGGUCUACGGGGAGCGGCUGACGGAGAGAGGGGUUCUCCGAACGGCUUAUGUGGAGCAGGUGCUCCUGCUGAGAAGAGGUCAUAUAAGCCGUCUCCAGGAUCUGGUGUCACCCCAGUACUCAUUCCUGUGGAUCAGGCCCACCGUGUCUUACAAGCAACUUCAGGCCGUUUCGCCAGAGGCGGAUGAGAUAGGUCAGCUCGUCCUUGAGUUGCUGGAUCGGCCGGCAGGUGUCCUGACUAUUGAGGAGCUCAACAGAGAUUUGUGCCGGCUGCCAGAGCAGCUCAGAGGCACCCAGUACCGCAUCAUGAUGAAACUCCUCCGCCUGGCCCUCAGUGGACAGCAGCAAGGACCCAGCGUUGCUGAGAUGAUGGUCUCCCUGGGACGCCAAGAAGUUCAAACCCGGAUACAAAGGGCCUUGUGCGGCUAACCAGUCUUCUGGGGGAAAGAGACCCAGCGACACACCAGUCCCUGCUGCCUGGAGGAGACCCGCCCGGGGGCAUCAGGCCAUCUGAACCCUCAAAGACUCCCUCCAAACUUGCAGGCUGUUGUGGCGGAUGAGGCUCAAGCCAUCCCAUAGGAGGCCAUGCCGGAUUUCCGAAUGUGGGAAAACAGUGUCCUAAUACAGCCUCAUAGGUUGUCGGUUCAACUUUUGCUUGAGGGAGCAGUAAUAAAAAGACUCAGUCUAAAGUGGCAAGAUCUGUAGUGGUGCUCAUCUGGUCCUCAGUGGAGGGACCCCAGCCCCGUAGGCCAUGGGUGAGUGGGCUGAAUUGGGUCUUUGAUUCUGCCAGGAUUUAAAACAAUAAAUAUCCGGGGGGGGGGGGCGGAAUGGAGGGACUCCAGUCUGGAUUGGGGCUGUGGGUUUAGGAAAGGAGGGGAUCGUGAACUCUUCUUGCCUACCUGCUGUGGUGCUGUGUCCCAGGGAGAAGCUGCCUCCUUUGCUAUAAGCGGCAAGAGGGGUGCUGCUCUUGUUUUUCAACUGGAGGACUUCUGAUUGGGAAACCCAAGGGAAGGGGGAUGAAAUUGCCCCCUUCUUGAGCACUGCAGGCUCAAGCCCCCCCCCCCCCCAAUGUACAGUGUUUCUUGCUGCCGGAAUUAUUUUGAGUACAAAAACGGAGGCCCCUCCCAAUGAAACUAGAGCAACAAGUGGAAAACCACAAUUGGAGGAAAAAUACAAACAACCCAAUAGAAAAAUAACCCAAUAGAAAAGUGACAUUGGGCCCUUUGGCUUCUCGGCGUCGCCUAAAGAGAAAAAAGAGAUGAGCGGUUGUGAUACUUACCUCUUGGAUGGUCUUCUCACCUCGUUUCUCCAGCUGCACCUAUAAAAAGGAAAAGGGAAAAACGCUGUCACUUUCAAGUAUUCAAAGACUUGUAUUUCUGGCAUUUUGCAGCUUUGAGCAUUUUUGCCUGGCGGCGAUACAGAACCAUUUUGUUGUUGUUUACAUCUUGUCUAUAGGAAUAGUCUGUAUAUUUAUUCAUAUAUGUUAACUUACUUAACUUAUUAGAGCACUAGUCA